AUGGCAACACUUAAGGACGUGCGUAAUCCCACAGCUAGCUGGCGUGGUAAACCCAUUAGUGGUGGUGUUUCUCGCCAUGAAAUACGCCGUAAAUACCAUGGGGGCGCCGGUGAGCAACUUAAUGUCAGAAAAUAUAAGUAUGGCCGUCCAGUAACAAUUGAUAUCGCAGAAAAUAUAAAAACUCUUUACAAUUUAAUAAUUUGCUGCGGAACAGAAAAGCAGCAGAUAGAUGAAGUGGAUUUUAAAAAGGAAGAUAACAAUGUCAACAAGUUGAAGGCAUUGGAUUUUAAGUAUGAAUAUUAUUUUGAGACAGACGUCGACAAAUUUUUUGACCGGCCAUGUCCAUUCAUAGCUCCUGGCCUUGGCCCCGUGGCUGAAGACAGAUCUUUUAAGAGUCUCACGCUUAUGGAAGACGUACACUUGCGAAUACAACCCGGUGGAAUCCACACACCAAUUGAAUGUAUUGCGAUUCAAAAAGUCGCAAUUGUCAUACCGAUUGACGAAACGAUACCGCGUGGCGAACUUUAUAACAUCGGUUUUAAAGAAGCUCAAGCGUAUCGCAACGAAGGUUGGGACUGCGUCAUAUUCCAUGAAAGUCACCUCAUACCUCUGGACACUCGUAAUUUGUACCGAUGCAGUCACCGGCCAAGAAUGCUCAUAGCUGAUUUCCAAAAACCGAUCAAGAAAGUUAUUUAA